UUACACGAUAUCGAAACAGUGAAGUGUGACUUUCCCUUGAACUGUCGUUGACUGAGAGGCUGCGGGCGAAGCCGCCGCCGCAGCAGAAGAAGGAGGAAGUCACCUGUCAAGCUCAGCGCAGGACACACGCGCUUCACCUGACACCCAGACACACACACACACACACACGGAGCAGGUUGUCGCUGCUCCGCUUCCAGGAACAUGGCAAGAGCCGCUGCUGCUAGUGCUGCUGGUGCUGCUGCUGCGAGCGGGAACUCACACACACUUCUCAACUGUAAUGGACUGAGGAGCGAGGAUGUGAAGAGGAGCGUCUGUCACUGCAACGGAGAGAAAAAUGGCCCCCGGACUGGUGUUGCCUCCAGGCAGCACAGGCAGGAACCCUUUGAACAGGCACCCAUGUACGUGGCUGUCAUGACAUACCUGGGCUUUGGCAUCGUCACCCUGUUUGGCUACUUCCGAGAUUUCCUCAGAGCUGUGGGCUUAGAGAAGUGCCACCAAGCUCAGGAAAGAGAGGAACAGAAGGAUUUCGUACCGCUGUAUCAAGAUUUUGAGAACUUCUACAAUCGAAACCUGUACAUGAGGGUACGAGACAACUGGAACCGUCCAGUGUGCAGCCUGCCGGGACCCGUCUUUGACCUGAUGGAGAGGGUGUCUGAUGACUACAACUGGACAUUCAGGUUCACAGGCAGGACUAUACACAACGCCAUCAACAUGGGCUCCUACAACUACCUCGGUUUCGCUGAGAACAAUGAGGAUUUUCUGAAAACUGUGGCAGACAAAAUAAGCCAGUAUGGGGUCGGGGUUUGCAGCACAAGGAAGGAAAUAGGUAACCUGAGCAUCCACGAAGAUUUGGAGAAACUUGUGGCCACUUUCCUCGGAGUCGAGUCCUCCAUGACGUUCGGGAUGGGGUUCGCCACAAACUCCAUGAACAUUCCAGCACUCGUUGGCAAGGGUUGUUUGAUAUUGAGCGAUGAGCUCAACCACACGUCUCUCAUCUUAGGGGCCAGAUUGUCAGGAGCGACCAUCCGGGUGUACAAACACAACAACAUGCACAGUCUGGAGAAGAUGCUCAGAGAGGCGGUUUGCUCAGGGCAGCCUCGGACUCACAGGCCUUGGAAGAAGAUCCUCAUCAUGGUGGAAGGCAUCUAUAGCAUGGAAGGCUCAGUGGUGCGACUACCAGAGAUCAUCGCUCUGAAGAAGAAGUAUAAAGCGUAUCUGUACCUGGACGAAGCCCACAGCAUCGGAGCAGUGGGACCGACAGGCCGGGGCGUGACCGAGCUGUUUGAUCUGAACCCAGUGGACGUGGACGUUAUGAUGGGCACCUUCACCAAGAGCUUCGGGGCUGCAGGAGGCUACAUCGCGGGGAAAAAGGAGCUGGUGGACUACCUCCGCACUCACUCCCACAGUGCGGUGUACGCCUCGGCCAUGUCCCCUCCCAUCACUGAGCAGAUCAUACGUGCCAUGAAGUGCAUCAUGGGAAAGGACGGGACCACAGAGGGCAUUAAACGGGUCCGCCAGCUGGCAGAGAACACCAGAUACUUCAGGGCCAGACUGAAGGAGAUGGGCUUCAUCAUCUACGGCGAUGAUGACUCGCCUGUGGUUCCGAUCCUGCUCUACAUGCCAGGCAAAGUGGUGGCUUUCGCUCGAGAAAUGCUGGAGAGGAAAAUUGGCGUAGUGGUUGUAGGUUUCCCAGCCACACCGAUCACAGAGGCCCGAGCUCGCUUCUGUUUGUCUGCAUCACACACCAGAGCAAUGCUGGACCAGGUGCUGCACCAUCUGAACGAGGUGGGAGACGGCCUCUGUCUCAAGUUCUCACGGCGGAAAUAUUCCUCCCGGCCCGGCCUCUGCGACAGGCCAGACUUUGAGCUGGACAGCUGAUGUGACCCUUGACACCUUCGCUCCACAGUGUCAAAACGAAGUCUUAAGUGUCCACGCCACAGCAGACCCUUAAACGCACGCAGCCGGCAACACCCGCGGCUCGCCGCAGGAAAAGGGGCCAAAUGUUUGGCAUCUGCGUUUGGAAAUGUUUGUAAAAGAUUGUGAUUUAACAGGACACAUAUUUAUGCUUCCCAAAAAACUAUAUGAACUCUUUAGAUGCUUUAUUUCUGAAUGCGUUGAUUUGUGAAUACAUAAAUGAAUUUAUUUCAAUGAA